AUGUCCGAAGUCUCGAUCAAGAAAGACUCUAUUAGUCUCGCAGGCUUGCUCUUUAAACCUACCGGGAAAUCUGGCAAGACUCCAGGUCUUGUUAUUGUCCACCCUGGCGGCGGUGUCAAGGAACAAACCGCUGGGACAUACGCGAAAAAGCUAGCUGAUGCCGGUUUUACAACAAUCGUUUAUGAUGCUGCCUUCCAAGGCGCGAGUGGCGGGGAACCUCAUUUCCUCGAAGAUCCUAACGAGCGGGUGAGCGAUGUUUACGCUGUCAUCGACUACCUCCAAAAUCUUGACUCAGUAGAUUCAGAGAAGAUCGGCGUGCUGGGUAUCUGCGCUGGCGGUGGCUAUGCAGUGGCCGCCGCUAAAGGGGACCAUCGACUGAAGGCAGUUGCCACUGUUAGCAUGGUGAAUAUUGGAGCAUCCGCCCGUCUUGGAUGGAAUGGGGACGAGGAUCCGUCCAAGCAUGUUGACUCGCUUCGUGCAGCUGCAGCCCAGAUUACUGCUGAGGCUAGAGGUGCUGAGCGUGCCGCUGCACCAUACGUGCCACCGCAGCCAGACAACACAACCCCGAGAGACAUGAGGGAAGCUAGUGACUACUAUUUGACCCCGCGGGCACAGCACCCUCGUGCUGCAAACAAAAUGCUGUAUCUUAGCUUCCCUCGCGUUCUCACAUUUGACGCUUUCCAUCUGGCGGAUGUUUUCUUAAAACAACCUGUCCUCCUCAUCGCCGGCUCGGAUGCUGGGUCUUUGUGGCACACGGAGAGGUUGGAUAAGAUGAUUGGCGGUGCGACUCAAAAGAUUAUUGUGCCGAAAGGAGCGCACAUGGAUUUCUACGAUAACGAAGCCUAUGUGGGGCCUGCUGUGAAGGAUAUUGCAGAUUUCAUGAACACGAAUCUGGCUUAA